UCCCCCUCACCCUCGCCGUCGUGGCACGUACCCCGCCCGACGCCGCAGACGGGCGUGCACGAGAACAUGGGCCGCGGACGGCUGAGCACGAGAGACGCAGACGCGGAAACCACCCUGUCGUCACUGUUCGCGGCGGACGAAGUGGCCAAGUCCCGCCGCGGGUGGGGGUCCUCCCUCCUCAGCAGCGCGGUCAGCGCGACGGUCUUCGGCGCCGCUAUCGGAUUGACCGCGUACAGGAUAUGGACGGGGGGAUGGGGCAGCAUCGUGCCCGAGCACCCCGAAGGCGAAGCCGAAGACGAAGCCGAAGACGAGGGUGAUGGCGAGUACGAAGACGCGUCCCCGCCGCCCUCCGAACCCGCUGAACCCUUCCCGCCCCUCCCCUUCCCCUCGCGCACCCCGCGGCGGAAAUACGCCUCGUCCAUGGGCUCUAGCUCCGCCCCACGCCGAUACACGCCCUCGCGACGGCGGCGGCGUGCCAAACGCCCCUCGAGCGCGCGCUCCGCGAGCGUAGAGUACACGGACACGGACGCGCCCCUGGAUCCGAUCACGAGCGAAGGCGAGAGCGGAGACGAGACGAAUGCGAGACUGGCCGCCAUGGCGCACCGCGUCCAAGGUCUUAUUGCAGAGGGCCAAGCGGCCCUCUCCUCGCCGGUGGGCACGCCGCGGCGCGUGCCCACGCCCCGCUUCUUGGACUUUCCGGCGCCGCCGCCGCGCGAGACCCUCCCGGCACAGGACCACUCUCAUACUCAGGAGGGCGAGGGCGACGGUGGAGGGGGAGGGAUUGGGGGAGGGGGAGGUGUCAGAAGAGUACAACAGGAGGGGGCAGGAGAAGAGGCAAGAGAAGAACGCGUCCCGGGCUGGGACACGGACACGACCGCCCCAGCCUCGCUGUAUGGCGCGCUGUCGCGCCCCGUCUCCGCCGCGUCGGUGUCGGGCUCGUUCCCCCGCUCCACGUCUUCGUCAAGUAGCAGCCGGUAUCAGCCGGCGAUCCCGCCGCUGCCGUGGCGCCGCGAGAGCUUUGGCGCGGGCGCGACCAGCCGCUGGGUGCAGAAGCAGCAUUCGCCGACACACAGCGUCGCGAAGAACGAGGUGCCGCUCGUGCUUACGCGCGGGAGCCCGGGCGUGGAGACGGCUCGUUUGCCGCUGUCCCCACAGGUACAGACGCCGUCGCCGCAGACGCAGGCGCAGAGGCCAUCCGUGUCGCCACACGCGAAGUCGCUGCCACCCACGUCGCCGCGCGACUCGGGGUCACGCAUCCCGCGCCCGGGGCAUAGUCGCGCCUCGUCAGUCGCGUCGGGCGCCGACUCGCCGUCGCCUGUUGUGCGCCGCGAGCGCGAACGAGACGCGCCGUCGCGCCUCUCGCUUGAUCGCGGUGGCUGGAACUCGCCCGCACCUCCGCAGGGCCUCGUUGCCGCGCGCACGUCCAUGUUCGCUUCCGUCGCCGAGCGCAACAGCUCCAACCGCUCCAAGAUUCCCAUCAGGCGUAGUAUCGGAUCCAUAUCGUCUAUCUCUGCCGUACAGCCGUCGCCAAAGGCAUAAUUGUAAUUGUACAUGUAGCCAUGCAUAUGAUACAUACAGGAGGGAGG